AGGUCAUCAAAAUCAAUUUGGACUCAGACGAUCCGAUUUCGGCCGUCACUUUUGUCGAACCUUAACAUAAACAGAAACAUAACACUAUUUCCUUUUUGCAAUCAAUCAUAGGUUAGAAUUGAUCGAAAUUGAUCAGCUGUAAACAUAGUGUCUCAACAUGGAGAAUUCCGCAGUCGACGAACAAAACAGAAGUUUUGCCACUGAAGAGAAUUCGCAGGAGGAAACCGACAAUGCUCUCCACGGCGACGAGGAACAGCGGGAAAAGUUAGUGCAAUUGCCGCUGGGUAGGAUAAAAACAAUUAUCAAGAUGGAUCCUGAAGUUUCUAUGGUCAAUCAAGAGGCUGUGUUUCUGAUAACAAAAUCGGCGGAACUUUUUAUUGAUUCGCUUGCAAAGGAAGCUUACAAAUAUACCGUGCAAGCGAAGAAAAGGACUGUUCAGAAACGUGAUGUAGAAAGUGCGAUUAAUAACGUCGAUGCUCUUGUAUUUUUGGAAAGCAUGCUGGAGUAAUUGUAAUCUUGCGAUGAACAUCCAUAACAGAAUUGGACGUGCUGAAUUAGAGAGGUAUUUUUUACUGAAUGAAUGGCAUUAAUAUUUUUGUAUUUAUGUAAAACUUUGUCAAAAAUCUUUCUUCCGUCAAUGUCUUCUUGUCAAAAAUUUUUGUCAAAAAAAAAAAAACUAUAGGAAUAUUUUAAUAUUUGGAGCAAUAUGCUUAAAUGAUGAAGAAAUAAAUUUAUAUAAAGAUUCAGUAUACUUUUUCAUCCAUAUAAUAAAA